GGCAAGAGUAAUCGUACGGUAAGGUUCGUACCGUACUCUUACGCCAUCAGGAAGAAAAUGGAUAUUUUUUGUGAAUGGGUUGUUUACGUGAAGGUAUUCACAAGACAGCAACAGCAAAAAAGAACUCUCUUACUCCACGGUAUUAGAGUAGAAGAUUUGUUCAGCUCACUUCAUAUCUAAUUCAUCGAGGAAAAGAAAAAGAAUGGCCGAGGAAGGAACACCGGUAAGGCAUGCAACUGAUGUGUUUGGAUCGUAUGAUAGAUGUGGAAAGCAGAAGUUAUUGGUGAAAGCUCGAGUUGCUGCAAUGAAUAACAUCUCAUUCGGAUGUAUUGUUUGUACCUUCGUCGCAAUCGAAUGCAUUGGUUCCAUUUGGCAGGCCCCUGCACCUCCCGCAGAGGCACCUGCGGCAGAGGGAGGAGAGCCGAAAUUGUCGAAGAACCAAUUGAAAAAACUUGCGAAAGGCAAAGGAAAGAAACAGAAAAAGGAGAAACCGCAAUGGGGAACCGGAAAGAAAAAGGAACCCAAGAAAAAGGAGGUCAAACCAAAGGAGCCUUUUGUCAAUCAAACACCCAAGGGAGAGAAGAAGGAUAUGUCUAAGAUUCCCUUUGCGGAUGCGUACGAUCCAGAAGCCGUCGAAGCAGCGUGGCAAGACUGGUGGGAAGCUUCUGGAUUUUAUAAGGGAGAUGCUGCCGCCGCAAUGGGAAGACCGGCGGACGAAAAAUUCGUCAUGGUAAUUCCACCGCCAAACGUUACCGGAAGUUUGCACUUGGGACACGGCCUGACGGCCGCAGUGGAAGACACGCUGACCCGUUGGCACCGCAUGAAGGGCCAUUCCACUCUUUAUGUGCCCGGAACGGACCAUGCCGGGAUUGCCACCCAGAGUGUUGUGGAAAAAAUGCUCAUGAAAAACGAGGGAAAGAACCGCCACGAUCUGGGACGCGAGGAAUUUGUCAAGAAAAUCUGGGAGUGGAAGGAGGAAUAUGGAAACCGUAUCACCUCCCAGCUGCGCCACCUCGGAUCCAGUGUGGAUUGGUCGAGGGAGCGAUUUACCAUGGACGAAACGCUUUCCAAGGCGGUAAUUGAGGCCUUCAAUCGAUUCCACGAGAAGGGUAUGCUGUACCGCGCAAACCGCCUCGGAAACUGGUCGUGUGCGCUCAAGUCGGCCAUUUCCGACAUCGAGGUCGAUCAUAUUGAUCUAGAGGGACGAACCUUUUUGGAAGUCAAGACCCACAAAGGAAAUCCAAAGGAUCCAAAGGGACGCUAUGAAUUCGGUGUUUUGACCCACUUCGCGUACCCUGUAGAAGACAGCGAGGAGUUUUUAGUUGUUGCCACGACUCGUUUGGAAACUAUGCUCGGAGAUACGGCCGUAGCAAUCCAUCCGGAAGAUUCCCGUUACACGCAUUUGCACGGAAAAUUCGUCAUUCAUCCCUUUUCUGGACGCAAGAUCCCCAUCGUUCUUGAUCCAGUAUUAGUUGACAUGUCCUUUGGUACAGGUGCUGUGAAGAUCACACCAGCACACGAUCCCAAUGAUUACGAAUGCGGAAAGCGUCAUGAUUUGGAAUUUAUCACCGUUCUGACACCCGAUGGAGCCAUUAACCAUCACGGUGGAGAAGAAUUCGAAGGAAUGAUGCGCUAUGAUGCCAGAAUUGCUAUCGAAGAAGCUCUCGACAAGAAGGUUAGUGCUGGAGAACUUUUGAAUACUAAACAUGCUGUCUUGCCGUAGGUGCUAAUGUUAUCGAAAGCAAGAAAUAACUCAUAUCAUG